AUGACCUGUACUACUGUUUUACGUUUACUGCUGAUUUUUACCUUUAUUCUUGGUAGUACUCAUAUCCUUAAAGUUGGACAAGAUGAACGGUCAGAAAGUAUUAAGAAUUUGAUAAAAAGUGGAAAUCGCUUAGCAAGGACAUGGGGGUCUACUUACAGUGUGCUGUCCAUAAUGCCUUCUGAUUCUGAAAGCAGCAGUUCUCUGAGUAGCAUUGGUACGACUGGUAAAGCGUCAUCUCCACCACCUGUAAUAGACACAAGACAGAUGAGUGAGAAGCUGGAGACGAUACUCUAUCAGCUCCGUCAGGUAACUCGUGAGAGGGAUGAGCUGCGCAAGCGACUUGCACUUUCAUCUCCUGGAUCAACUUUUGAUGACUGCAGGCCUAGUCCAAAACCAAAUCAUGAUUAUGAAAGACUGAAGAUUCAGUGCAUGAAGGCCAUGUCAGACCUACAGUCUCUGCAGAAUCAACACACCAAGACACUGAAGAGGUGUGAAGAAGCAGCAAAAGAGGCAGACUUUUAUCACACGUUGCACAGUCGGCUGCUGAGUGACCAGUCACAGCUGAAGGAGGACAUGGAUACCUUGAAGAGGAAAAACACGCAGUUGGUGCGAGAACAUAAUCAUCUCCAGCAGUCGUGUGAGGAAAUGAAGAGGCUUCACGAUGAGGAUCAGAAAGAGAUAACGGACCUGCGCAGCCAGCAGCAGCAGGUUAUGAAGCAAAAUGGAUCAUCAGAGAUAUUAAAUAAACUUUAUGAUACAGCAAUGGACAAGCUAGAGGGUGUGAAGAAGGAUUACGAUGCCCUAAGGAAACGCUACAAUGAGAAGAUUGCAAGCCACAACACAGAUCUGAGCCGCCUAGAACAAGCUGAGGAGGAGAACAGACGUCUUCAGAAACAGAUUGACAUGUUAAUGAAGCAAAGGGACACAGCAAUACAUUUUCAGCAGCAAUAUUCCUCCUCUCUUAGAAGAUUUGAAUCAGUACAGCAGGAACUAAGCAACGCCACAGCACAAAACAAAGAGUUGCAGAGAGAGAUGGAGCGAUUACAGACGGAGGUGACAAGGUUCAAAACAAUGCAGCUGAAAGCAGCAAAGGAUGCAGAAAAAUACAAGGAAGAAAGGGAUUCAGUUUUCAACGAAUACCGCCUCAUAAUGAGUGAGAGAGAUCAAGUAAUCAAAGAGGUAGACAAGCUUCAAACAGAGUUGGAGGUUGCAGAGUCCAAGCUGAAGAACACUUCUUCUGAGAAGCGAGUAGCGAGUGAAGAGAUGGAAGCUUUAAGACAGGAGCUAAACUCAGCUCUGGUGGAAAGAGAUCGAGCAAUUUGUGAGAGGAAUGAGUUGCUGGAAAAAUACUGUCAUGAAGUGAAGGACAAAGCUGAGGCUCAGAAGGAACUUGACCAAGCUUGCAAGGAUAUAGAAACAGUGAAGGAAGAGAGAGAUGUUGCCAGGAAAGAGAGAACAGAAGCUAUCAUCCAGAGAGACCAUCUACUCAGGGAAUAUUAUCAAGCCCGUCAG